AUGCAAGCAGCUGUAGUGCUGCUCUUCAGAGUGAAGCUCAAGGAUCCCACAGCCACCUAUGGGGGAAAAUCACCGUCACUUCUGCAGCAAGCGCAUGAAGCUGGGUGUGCUGGGACUCCCUUCCUGGUUGCUCACCCUGCGGGGUCCCGUGCUCUGCUGGGGACCACGAGCUCCUCCAGUCCGUGGGGCAGGAGGAAACUCAGACUGACGGAGGAGGACUCUCUGAGUCCAUUUAUCUGCCUCCAGGAGAAGAAGAAACAAGCCCAACAGAUGCAAAAGACUCUGGAGGAGAAGGAGGAGGCCUUCAGGGAGAGGAUGGAAGCCAUCGCCUGCCGGUGGAGGGACCUGCAGAUCAAGGAGGCUCAGCUCAAAGCUUACAUGAAGAAAUCUGGGAGGGUCCUACAGGAAAAUGAUAAACUGCGAAUCCAAGCUCUAAAGAAAGCCAGCAGGGAAAGAGAGAUGAAGAUGCAAAAGCAGAGUGAGCUUUUGAGAGCUAAGAAGGAACUGGAAGCCCUGAAAAAUAAGCACCAGAAACUCAGCGACAGAGUGCAGAAGUACUCCAUCUUCAGCAAGUACCUGGAGGACGUGGUGAAGGCCUCGCACUUUGAGGAGAUCCAGACAGUCAUUUGGCGCUACAAGACGCUGGUGAGAAUGCGCAAAGACCUGCUGCAGGCAGAACGGGGGCGCAGGGAAGCAUCUGAGCAAGCCAAGGAGCUCCUGGCCCAGUACAUUGAAGAGAAAGAUGAAGAGAUCCUGCAGUACAACAACGAGCUGGCUCAGCUCAAACUGCGCUUUGAUGAGGCUCACAGUGAUGUCCUCACCUGGGAGUCUUGCUGGGCCCACAUCCAGAACAUAGCUACCCAGAGAACCCUGGAGCUGGGGACCAUCAGGAUGGCCAUCCUCAACCUCUUCCAGUGCAUUAGCAAGCAGAUGAAAAGAAGCCUGAACGUGCCAGUGGAUGACAACCACAUGCAGCUGGACAUGGUUCAGCAGUUUAUCCAAGACCUCACAGACAUCUCUAUGGAGGUGAAAAGGAAGGACAUACAGAAACACCAACAAGCAGCUAAGGCUACAGAACUAUAAGGGACGUGCCACCUUGACCUGGUCUGCCAGCCAAGGCC